AUGCUCUACUCCAGGCAGCCUAUGAAUAUGGUCUACAAGACCGACUGUAUCUGCUCUCGGACUUCCUCCACCACCGAAGUUCUUCUGAGCUGUAACGGCGUUCCUUACUGCUCCAAGGGAAUCAACUGCAAUCGUCGUCCAAAGUCUCGGCUCGCCGUCUAUACCGACCUCGACGGGGCUCCUAUAGUGGUUCCGAGGCCUGUCGCCAACGUAUCGCACAUGUUCGUUGUACCGUCAAACUCCUUCUCUGACGACAAGUCUCUCGCUUCCGUCUCUGGGGUGUCUACUACCGAGGACUUCGACUCGCUCUCCAACUCGCUUCUCGCUCAGUUGCGCGGACUAUCGGCAAAGGCACCUUCCAGCUCGGCUUUGGAGACCCUUUCUACUCCGGAAGAGGUCGUCCGCACCCCUGAACCCCUCUCCACCAUCUCCGAGGAGGACGAGGAGGAAGAAACACGUACCGCCUCCAUACCCAAGCAGAUCCCCUUCGUGCGCGCCUCAUGGUUUGUGACUCAGGAUGGCGAGCAACCUAUCCACCCGAUCGAGGAAGGCAUCAUCGUAUGCCCUAUCCAGUCGAAGUCGAAGCGUCGAGGAGCUGUUCGGCGUGCCCUCGGCCCGAAGAUCUAUCCCAUGCGCGAGCUGCUCGGCAAGCAGGACGCCCGCCCGAGUCCUUGGAGCCCCUCUUCAGCACUCGCGCUGCGCCAGGGCCUGGUCAGCCCAUCUCAUCGGCGCUCGUACGGCACUUCGCGGUUCUCCUCUAGCAACCGCCCGCCUUACGCCUCCCGCCUCUGGUCGGUCUCGACGCUCUUCGGGCAGGAAGACGCUUCGACCGUGGACGCCGUUCCACCGCGGCCUCCCAAUCCUCCAGACGCUCGCCUCUCUCUCCGACCUCGUCCCUCGGAGACACGCGACCGCACCCGCCUGACCCACGGCUGCGACCCCACGGGCCCCGAUACCCCAAUACCCCGGCUCCUGCCCUCAACGCUCGCUUUGAGGCGCUUGGAGUCGAGGGCCCGUUAUACCCGCCUUGAUAGGCACCUCUCGGCCUGGACAUGAUACCUUCCGCACGCGCGUACUCUCGCGAUGCAUACACACUCCUUUGAUGUAACGGGGCGAGUGGCGGCGGGAUACAGAGUGCACCUGUAUCCUGUCUUCACUUGCUCCCUCGAGCCCCCUUUGGCCAACCUCCUCCGAGUCCC